AUGGACUUUGCUACACCCCCGUUGCUCAAGGGCCGCCGAGAGGGCCAACUAACGCCACAGCUGUCUAAUCCGAGUCAAUCAAGCAACGUCGUGACCAUCCCCGAUCCGGAUCCACAUAGGAAUGCAAUCGGGCUCGCCAUUGUGAAGUUGGAAGAUAUCCUGAUAUCUGCUCGAGAAUCAUUGCUACAGUCUCGAGAAAUAUCCAUUCCCUUCAGGACCCGACCUUCCACAAACCAAUCCACGAGCAACCAUGGCCCAUCUCGGACAACUCGAUUAGCAGUUCGCUUCCCGGGCCGGACAGCAGAGGAAGCAACCAAGUUCACACGUAUCAUGCGCAUCAUGCAACUGUCCCUGAACGCCCUGACGGAAGGCCGGCUGAUUACCAAGAGGAACAUCUACUAUCAGGACACCGAUUUAUUCAAAAGACAGUCCAUCGUCGACAACCUCGUUGAUGACCUUGCCUUUACGCUGGGCCUCGGGAGGGAGGACCUCGGUAUAGGGAUCCUCAUACCCUCAGCCAGGACUGUCUCCGAGAUUGACUUUGGUCCAGCACAUUGGGUCCUAGUCAUCGAGAAAGAGGUUGGACUGGUUUGGUGUUGGCUGCAAAACAUUGCUGACUGGAACAGGCAACGUAUCGGACACUGGCAUCGGCGAGGUACUAGGAGACUUCAGCCUUUGGCUUGGGCAUUCUUGUCACGGUCAGGCAAAGGUUACCCAGAUUUGAACACCAAGCAGUUCGUACACCUUCUGCACACAGCCAAACCUGAGCUUCCAAUUUUCGCUCUUGUGGACUUCGACUGCUAUGGUAUUGCCAUCAUGCGCUGCUAUAGCUACGGCACACGGGGACACGCACACGAAAAGGCAACGACUGUACCUAGCAUGCAGUGGCUCGGCAUAAAAAGCGACGAUCUCGCAUUCCGUCAGGAUGCAACCCCUAGCCACGGGCCCGGUAUCAACGGCAGCCAAAGGCGGCCUGGUGCGAGCUUGUUCGACUCUACUAGUUCUCUUACGCUGCGAGAUAGAACGCGCGCUAUCAACACGAUCAAGGAAAUCGAAGAGGACGGCACCGAAAAUGAUCAAGAUUGCCGACGAGAACUACAGGUGAUGCUGUUUCUUGGCAUCAAGGCAGAGAUCCAAGCUGUGGACAAUGCAGGAGACAUGUCGAGAUGGCUCGAUGAGCACUUGGGGACUUUCUGA